GCUGCCAAGGGGGAAGGACGUGUGCCCCUUUGCUCUCCUCCUCUCACAGUGGCGUGCCUCUGGGCAGACUGAACCUCCCUCUCUAUCCUCUCUAUUGACCCUAUAAACUGGAAUCCUACGCUAGUAUCCUGUAGGACUCGAUAUUCAGUUGAUAUUAAGUGAUUUUUAGUAUCCUACAGUCAUUACGUAUCCUGUAGGACUUUGACAUUCCUUUCAUACUGUGGUUCCUCAGUAUCUUAUAAUCCUCACACAUCCUAUACGACUCUAUUAUCCAGUUCCAUUGAGUGAUUCCUUGAUAUCCUAAAGUUCUUACGUAUCCUAUAGGACUUUGAUUUUUUCUUCUAUUGAGUGAUUCUUUGGUAUCCUACAGUCCUUACGCACUCUAUAAGACUCAGUUAUCCUUUGCAUUAGUGACUGUAUGAUAUAUUUUACAGUUCCUCAACAUUAAAAGUGAAUCCUUGAUAUCCUUCGCUCCUUACGAAUCCCUGGGAUACCUUGCCAUCACCCUUCUCUCCUUACCCAUCCCAAAGGACUCUGGUAUAUUCCUGAAACUUAAUAGUUAUUCCUUGGCAUCCUUCACUUACUACGCAUCCUAUAGAACUCAUAUAUCCUUAAAAGCUCCUUCGGGCAUUUUUUUUAUUUCCCCAAAACUCCCCAAAAAGGAAACCCUCAAAGAAUUACGAGCGUUUUUUGGUCCUAUUUUUCUUUUAAUUGGAUUCGACCUCCUUCCUCUCGCUAGUUUGUGAUUUCCCUGGAGAAGGUAUUUAUUAUCUCCCUCCUUCCUCCACCCUCCCUUCCUCCCUCACUUUCCUCCCUUCGUCCCUUUUCCCUCUUUCCGUCUUGUCCUCCCUCCCGCCCACGCGCCUCCUCUUCCUCCUCCGCCUCCCAUCAACAGACAAAGAAGAAAAAAAAAUAAAAGAGAAAACUAUUAGAAUUAAAGAAGAAGAAGAAGAAGAAGAAGAAGAAGAAGAAGACACAAAAACACCUGCAAUAUAAAACAACAACAACAACAACAACAACUACUACUACUACUACUACUACUACUACUACUACUACUACUACUAUUACUACUACUACUACUACCACACCACCAACAGCAAAAUGACCACCACAACAUUUAUCAUACUACUCAUAACAACAAUCACAACAACAACAACAACAGCAUCACCAACAACAACAACACUACUACCACCACCACCACCACCACGAACAACAACAACAACAACAACAACAACAACAACAACAGGGACCCACCGACCUUCCUCUCUUGCUUCCUUACCCUCCACAAACACGGAAGAGGAAGAGAAGGAAUGGAUGAAGAGGAAGCAGGAGACGUUGAUCCAUGAAGAGGAAGAAGAGGAAAGACUCGUGCCAGGGGGAGUGAUAAGUCAAAGAGGCUACAGAAAUCAAGAGGAAAAAGAGGUAAUGAUGAAGGGACCCAGACAGAUCAAUGGACAAGAGGAGGAAGAGGAGGAGGAGGUAGCCCAAGAGGAAGAAGAGGAAGAGGAAGAGGGCGUAUCAGGAGAAAGAAGAGGAGAUAAAACCAGAUCAUCCGAGGAAAAUGACCAUACCCAAGAGUACCAAGAGGGAAAACAAGAGGAUCAAGAGGACAUUCAAGAGGAAGAGGUCGGAUUUAAGCAAGUGACACGUCGGGAGAAUAACAAAUCAAGCAAACCGGAAAAAUACACAAACACAGAGCAAGAGGAAAUUCAAGAGGACCAAGAGGAAAACCAAGAGUACCAAGAGGAAAACCGAGAGGAUGAGGACCUGCUGGAGGGGCUGUUACGCCGCUCCGCCCGUCACCUGAGUGGGUUCCAGGCGUGUGACGAGGCGGUGUGUGACAGCAUGGUGAGACAGGCGAGUGGGCUGGCGAGGCUCAAGAUGGUGCGGCGCUACAUCGUGGAGGCGGUGAGCACCCUGGACAGCUUGGUGACGGCCCUGGACGCCGAGCUGGUGGUGGCGGGCGAGACGCUCACACGCACACUAGGGAACAGAUGCCGCGCCGCCCACGCAGUGCUGGCCCACGUCACCAAGGGGGAGGGGAAUGGACCAAUGAGGAGCGAGGGUCUGGAUGACGUCACCACCACGAGGACCAAUCACGAUGCAGAAUUUGUCUGAUGAUGGUGAUGGUGAUGGUGAUGAUGUUGAGGUUAUGGUGGCAUGGACUAAUUGUUAUUGAAGUUGUUGGUUGUUAGUUAUUUAGUGUUUGUUAAUGUUAUAUCCUUUGGAGGAGGAGGAGGAGGAGGAGGAGGAGGAGGAGGAGG